UCGAAUACAAGAUCUGGUAUCAGAUCUGAUGUCAGAUCUGGUGUAUAUUUGUCAGAUCUUAUACCUGAUCUGAUGCCAGAUCUGGAGUCAGAUCUUACAUACUAUUUUCACCUGGGAUACAGCCUUGCUAUAAUAAUAGUUCCAUACGAUAGUCGCUAUAUUAAAAUAACGUUUUCCCUCCUAACUAUAUCUAUAGUUUGAUUAGUCCCCUCCGUAAUAUAAUUUUCAUAAUGGCACCAAGAAAAUUUACGUAAUUAAUGAUAACACAUAAGAAAUAUUCGAAAAAAACAAAAUUAAGUUAAAAAAAUGUAUAGGGGUGCGAAAAAAUUAAACAUAAAAUAAAAGGCAGUGAGUUUUUCCUCUUUAGUAAUAUUUUCCUUUUGUUUCUACUCAUAAAAACGUGUUAUUGGGAGACCGAACCAUCUUAUCAUACACAUUCGCAAUUGCUGCACUUUAUGCAGUGUGCGAUAGGACGCGAUCUUUGCGGUCGUUGCCUGCAGCACAGCGAUAUAAAACGAGAAAUCGCGAAAUUCGAUCGUCGCGUGUAAAUAAUACCGCAAAAAACGAGGAAGUGGAAAAUUGAUAACGAACCGCGCGAACUUGGCUGCGUGUAAUUAAUUCAAUAAAAACAAUAAUUCCGAGCCCGAGGCCGCUAGCAAACCUCUCGCUCGUGUGCCGAUACGAGUCGGUCGAUGCCAAAGUCUGUGUUGACAAACUUUUUAAAGUCCUCCCAGCGAUCGUGUAUAGUAAGUGUUAGAUUUUCGCAGGAACGAAUUCGGUUUACCGUCUGAAUUUUGAUUUUCAACGAUCGUUUAUCGCUGAUUGAUUUGGAUUCACGCUAUGUCGAUCAUAAAAAAAACCUUUAAGCUGUUGAGUGGAACAGAAAUGCCACUUGUUGGCAUUGGUACUUACAAAAUUAGAGGCGAUGAAGUAAUUGAACGAGUACUUGAUGAAAGUUUGGAGGUUGGAUUCAGAUCAAUUGAUACCGCUGUGGUUUAUCAAAAUGAAAAUUCUAUUGGAUUGGCCUUGAAAAAGUUAUUACCCAAGUACAAUCUGAAAAGAGAAGACCUUUUUAUCACAACUAAACUUGCACCAAAUGUUAGUGGAGAUCCUGAGAAAAUCCGCGAAUCUGUCCAUAAUUCAUUAAAAUUUUUAAAUACAACAUACUUGGAUCUUUGUCUAAUUCACUGGCCAGGAAAAGGCAGAUUAAUUGAAAAUUCCCCAGAGAAUGCUUCUGCCAGAGUUGUAACUUGGGACACUCUUGUGGAGCUGAAACGAAAAGGAUUGAUUAAAUCCAUUGGAGUUUCUAAUUUUACUAUCAAACAUUUGGAACAUUUAAAGCAGCACUCAAGUGUAGUACCCGACGUUAAUCAGGUUGAAUGUCAUCCACAUUAUCGUCAAGAUGAACUGAUUGAAUAUUGCAAGAAAGAAGGAAUUUUGCUUCAAGCUUACUCGUCAUUGGGUACCAGUGAUCCUAAUGAUCACACAAAACUACUUGGAUCUUCUGUAGUACAAAAAAUUGCAACUAAACUAAAUGUAUCUCCAGCUAGACUUUUACUUAGAUGGGCUUUACAGAGAGGAUUAGCAAUAAUACCUAAAGCUGUUAAGACAGAACAUAUUCAAGAUAAUAUUAAAUUAGAUUUUGAAAUCAGUGAAGAGGACAUGAAGGAAUUAUCCUCUUUACCUCAAGAAAAAUAUGCUUGGAAUCCUGACAAUGUUGCAUAAAAAUAUUAUUUUUUAAGAAUAAUCUUAUUAAUUUUUAAAUUACCAGAUUUAUAAUUUAGUUAAUCAUA